GGGGUUCUAGGAAGAGUGGUGGGAACCUCUUACUAUCUGCCUUGCCUUUGUUUUUCUUUCUGAUGUUCCUUUUUAUUCUAUCUCUUGACCACCUUCUGUCCUCUGCCUCUAGGAACCAAUCCAAUUGAUAUGCUCAGCCAGCCAACACCUUCGCUCUUCCUCCAACACUUGAUAUCCCAUACUUAGGAAUGAAUCUAUGAAUGAAUAACAAUAGUAAUAACAAUUAUCAGCUGUUCUGACUUUCCAGCCUGUUGUUUAUAAUCACAGUAAUACAACAAUGUUAAUCCUUUUUGUCCCUUCACCCUGCAGCUAUGUCUGAGGGGACUCAAACGGGUCUGAAUUUUUCAUCCUGUCUGGGCAAUGGAUGUGUGACUGCUGCAGAACAUCCUUUUCAGCACCAUGGAGAGUUUUCAGCACCCGUCACUGUACUCUUGGCAAUACUCAUGGGACUCCUAGUCUUGGUCACUGUCUUGGGCAAUGCAUUGGUCAUCUUGGCAUUUGUGGUGGACAAAAGCCUACGGACCCAAGGGAAUUUCUUCUUCCUGAACUUGGCCAUCGCAGACUUUUUAGUGGGUGGAUUUUGCAUUCCCCUUUACAUCCCAUAUAUUCUGACGGGUGAAUGGAAAUUUGGAAAAGGCCUGUGUAAGCUCUGGUUGGUCGUAGAUUACUUAGUCUGCACAGCCUCCGGAUUCAACAUUGUCUUGAUCAGUUUUGACCGAUUCAUCUCAGUUACAAAGGCGGUGAGCUACAGGGCUCAGAAAGGGAUGACCAGAAGUGCAGUGGUGAAAAUGGCUAUGGUGUGGAUCGCAGCAUUUCUCCUUUAUGGUCCAGCCAUUAUCAGCUGGGAGUACAUAGCCCAGCAAAGCAUCAUACCUGAGAAAAAGUGUUAUGCUGAGUUCCUCCACAACUGGUACUUCCUCAUGAUCGCCUCCACCAUUGAGUUCUUCACACCAUUCAUCAGUGUCACAUACUUCAACUUAAGUAUCUAUUUCAACAUUCGCAAGCGGACACUGGUCAGAAGUGAGAACUCCUCACCAGGCCAAAAGGAUUGUGAACUUUUUUGCUGCAGGAAGAAACAAGAGCAUGCCAUCUUUUUCACAAAAAGAAAGGACAAAAGGAAUGAAAAGGUGAGCAACUUCACGCCUAGCAAGCCUGCUAUCGCGAGGCUCAGCAUCCACAACCUUCAGACUCACUCAGUAGAGUUUAACAUCAAUCAAGAUUUUCCGCCUUUGCAGGUAGACAUUCAAACCAAAUCACCAUGGGGUGGUUUCUACAAAGCUCUAGAGACCAUAUCCAGCAGCACACAGAAAGCAGAGGUUGCUAAUACUGCGGCUAGCCGGUUUAGGCUUUCCCGAGAUAAGAAAAUAGCCAAAUCUUUAGCCAUUGUCGUCUGCAUCUUUGCUGUAUGUUGGGCACCCUACACCCUUCUAAUGAUCUUCAAAGCUGGUUGCCAUGGGCAAUGCAUCCACAAUUAUCUCUAUGAAGCAUCGUUUUGGCUACUGUGGUUGAAUUCAGCCAUUAACCCAAUAUUAUAUCCCUUGUGCCACAUGAGUUUUAGGAAAGCCUUUUUUAAAUUGCUCUGCCCAGGCAAGGCAAAAAUCCACCCAAAUAUUUUUACGUGAGAGAACACUGAAGGGAGGAGAAGUUUCUGCAUAGAUAUCUUUGACAUCUCAUAAAACCACUGAACAUAUACUUAUCCUCCACGUUUGAAGGACAUCUUCAAACAUUCUAUCCUGAGAUAUUCACAAACUUCUAGAUCUUUUGGUAAAAGUGAGGGAAUUGACAAAACUCAAUCCUGAUUUCAGAAAAUGCAAGAAUUUACAAUACUCUGCAGUGCUUACGUAUGCAAAUGAGUACUAACUUAUUUUCCAGUACUUAAGCUCAACGCACUUUGUAAAUUCCCAACGGGGUCCUCAUUCUUAAGAAUUAAUGUAAUUCUGAUAAAACAGCUAACUACUGGACAUUGUACGCUUGUGUUAAAUUACUGCAAAAAAAUAAAAGGCAGUUUCCUUUUGCGUGUAAGGGUUUUGCGCUGAUGUAGGAUUUUUUGACUUGUCCACCUUAUACCCCAGAAAACACAAUGCA